CCCCUACAUGUGCAUCUGCAGAAAAACUCACAGCACGAAUGACUCACAGCUGACUGGAAUCAGUCUCCCAAAGCCAGUGUGUAGAGUCCCCCACCAGAGAAGAGUCCCACAGGCCCACGAGCCUCCAACCACAUCCAGGCUGUAGCACAGCAACAGGCUCGUUUUACGCGCAUUCCUCUCAGAUACAGGCUUUGUCUGGAAGAGUUGCGUAAGUGCAACUGAUAUCAAACCAGGCGGCUGCUGCAGGAUCUGUAGGAUUCAGACUGGACGCGAAGAAAAAGUUUAGAUUUCAGCCUGUUUGGAUUCUGAACAAGAUGUCGAAACCGAACUUUACCGGGACAUAUCAUAUGAUGGAGCAGGAGAACAUGGACUCAUACCUGGGAGCUUUAGAUAUAAAUUUUGCUCUGAGGAAGAUUGUGUGUCUGUUGAAGCCCACCAAAGAGAUCACCCACGACCCGUCCACAGGAGCUAUGAGGAUCCGUACCCUCACCACCUUUAAGAACUUCAACAUGGAUUUCACCAUCGGGAAAGAGUUCACUGAAGACCUGGGCCCAGUGGAUGGCCGAUCCUGUCAGACUACGGUGAACUGGGAUGGGGGAAACCUGGUUUGUGUACAGCGAGGAGAGAAAGAGGGACGAGGCUGGACUCACUGGUUGGAGGGCAACAAGCUGCAUUUGGAGAUGAGAGUUCAAGGCAUCAUUGCCAAGCAAGUCUUCAAGAAGGCUGAGUGACGUAGCUGACUCUGUUUUAGUGAAUCACCUCAAUUUAUUCUGAAUAGAAUAUAUUUCAUUCAUGUGUAUAAUUAUUUUUUAUUAUAAUCAACAGUUCUUUGGGCUAAUUAUCUGUACAUUCUUAAUUGUUUCUUUCUGGGGUUAACUGAGACGAGAGACCACAGACUUGUGUAAACAUUCCCAGCAUUCUUCCUCAUAUUGCACCAUCUAUCUCCUCAAUGUUAUAAACAAAUCAUACACCUGA